AAACGCUCGUGAAUCUCUCAUGACAGACAGAAAUCAGCUGUGCUGUGUACUCGUCGUCUUGUGAUAAGACAUUUUUAAAUACCCAAAGUCAAAGUUCGUCCUCCAAAUAAUUUUAUCAUUAAUUGAGUUUCAAUAGGGCUUGAGCUAACAGAGAAUCGUCAUAAUGGCAGAACCCCUAAGAGUAGUAGUAACAGGUGCAGCGGGCCAAAUCGCCUACUCCCUCCUUUACAUGGUAGCCAAAGGCGACGUCUUCGGCCCCAACCAGCCCCUCAUCCUACACCUACUAGACAUCCCACCGAUGAUGGGAGUUCUCGAAGGAGUCGUAAUGGAAUUGGCCGAUUGCGCUUUGCCUUUGUUACACGGCGUGGUGCCUACAGACGAUCCAGCUGUGGCUUUUAAUAAUGUUUCUGCUGCCUUUUUAGUAGGCGCAAUGCCUCGCAAACAAGGCAUGGAACGUAAAGAUUUGCUGAGUGCCAACGUAAAAAUCUUCAAAGUCCAAGGAGAAGCUUUGGAUAAGUACGCCAAAAAGGAUGUUAAGGUUUUGGUUGUUGGAAAUCCUGCCAAUACUAAUGCUUUGAUUUGUUCACGCUAUGCCCCCUCAAUUCCCAGAGAGAACUUUACUGCUAUGACUCGUUUAGAUCAGAACAGGGCCCAAGCACAAAUUGCAGCAAAAAUAAAUGUCCCAGUUCGCAAAGUCAGCAACCUAAUCAUUUGGGGUAAUCAUUCUUCCACCCAAUUCCCAGAUGCUUCUCAUGCAGUAGUUGAAGUCAAUGGCAGUGUCUCAUCUGUUCCAGAAGUUGUUAAAGACCAAGCUUGGUUGAAUUCAGUUUUCGUUGAAACUGUGCAAAAACGCGGAGCUGCAGUUAUCAACGCUAGAAAAAUGUCCUCAGCAAUGUCAGCUGCUAAAGCAGCCUCAGAUCACAUGAAAGAUUGGUUUUUGGGCACCGCCCCUGAACGAUUCGUUUCAAUGGGGGUCUUAAGUGAUGGCAGCUAUGGCGCCCCUAAAGAUGUAGUUUUUUCUUUUCCUGUAACAAUCAAAGCUGGCAAAUGGGAAAUUGUGCAAGGUUUGAAAAUCAGCGACUUUGCUAGACAGCUUUUGGAUGUUACUGGUAAAGAGUUGGAAGAGGAACGCCAAGAGGCUAUUCAGAUUAUUGAAGCUUGACUUGUACAUAAGCUUUAAAAUGUGAAUUAAAGAAAAAAUAGUGCAGAUAUUGACUUCACAAUAAUUGUCAAUAAUUAUGCAAAUAAUCCUCCCAAAUCAUAUCAACCUAUAUGCCAUUUUAAUUUCCUUUAUUUUACGGGUAAUUAAUAAACAAAUAUACUGUUUCUAUUUUUUUCUUAUAUUGUUUUAAAGCUUCCUCGGACAAAUAUAUUUUGUAUAUAUUUAAGUGUAGGCUUGGGAAAGGUGAUAUAUUUUUAUUGGUGUUGGAUUAAUGUUAUAAUAAAACAGCAAAUGUCUGCCUAAAAUUAUCUGUA